AUGGAGGGCCUGACCGAGUUUUACCUGACGACAUUCUGGGCGUACAAGCCCAAGGCUGUGAGACAAGUACUCGACGACCUGAUGAACCUGGGAUAUGACGAAGCCGAUUUCAGCUACGACGGCGAGUACCAGUGGUUUAAGAUCAGGUGCUGCGAAAGCGAUGCCAGCGGGAUUCGCAGGGCCUUUGCCCUCACGACUCGCAACAUUGAAGAGGAGGCGUUUGGGACCCACGAGGACAGCAUUCUGUGCGACGAUGAUACCCUCAAGUCGUCCUUCGACAAUGAAUGGUUUAGCCAGGGACUUGAGGGACACUCUGGUCUCAAGGAUGAUGAUGUCGAGGAGUCUCACCAUCACGGAACCAUCGCGCAGUAUCCCUACAACUCCAUAUGGGACGAUCUCGACAAGCACAAUGAACCAUACUCAGUGCACGAUAUCUUGACCGACCAGCAGCUCGAGAACCUAAAAGCGGAGGCGGAAGUUGAGUUAUCUUUUCACCUCGCCGGGAAAUUGGUUUGCAUCAGUGGCGGCAGCGAGCAGAUGGUGCGCAAGACGCGCGAAAAGCUCAAGGUCAUGCUCGCCAUCAAGAAAUUGUCAGAGAUACCGCCCAUGGCUGAGCACUUGGCGUAUGCCGAAGAUUACGUUGAGCCGGGCCCCGACGAAUUCACCGCCGACAUCCGUUACCUGGCCAACAUCGACCCCGUGCUGGUUUCUUCAACGCUCCUUGAUCGAGUCACUGUAGAGAGUCUGGCGGCUUCUUACCAGAUGAUCUACCGAGAAGGGGCCUCACUUCGCCUGUGUUUCUGGGUACCGGAGAAGUCCUGUCGGGUUUCCCUCCUUGGCCCUAAAGUCCCUUUUCGGCACAAGGACAAGUCGACCUUGGGAAACCGACCUACGAUCAUCCAGAUAGACCGUGGCAAGGUCACAUUCAUUGCUGGAGAAGCCAAUGAUUCUGUGGAGAACCCGAGUCCCGAGACCGAAAACCUGGAUGAGACUUGGACCGAGCCCGAACCGCUUGGAUCAGCAACAGACGCUGCAUACACUAUUCCUGAUGGUGACAAUACCGAGACAAACUUUGAUGAGUUUACGGACGAGGAAGUCGUUGACAGCGACGACGAGCCGUCGGCGUCGAAUCAUAGAACGCCUAGUGCAACUGCUUCUGGGCCGAUUGUCAAGCAGGCGGACUCAAUUUCUGGUGUUGACGAGAUCUCCAAUCUCGAUCUGAGUUCCUCAGCUACACACCUAACAGAUGUGAAAGCCUCAGGAGACGGAGCGGGGUUAGGUGAGAAGGAACAGGAUGAGCUCGCAUUUACCGGCACCAACUGUCUGGUUGACAUGCUGGCAGCCGUCCAGACCGUCACCCCGAGCAGUGAUCUGAGUUCUUGUCUCAAGUGGACAAUGGCUCCACUGAUUCCCUGGCCUUCGGAGAACAACGGAAAGGAAGGAAGCGAAAGCGAUCCCAAAACAUUUCAUUCAGACAAAGUCAGUGGCGCAGGGGGGAACGAGAAUGGCACCCAAACUUCGGGUGCAAGCUAUAUGAGCCCGCAUGCCCAACGCUUCAUGGAGUAUCUCAAGUCGGGCGCCGAGGACUUCAAGAGCAUGAAGAGCCACGACGCCGCGCAGCAGCCGGAAGAUCCGACAAUCGUGGGUCCUUCGGCGCUCUCAAGGCCGGGUGUGCAUCCUUGCCCGCCUUCGGACCUUCGUUCGGGAGGCGGCCUGCUUGCCACAGACAGUUUCAUCAAGGAGACCGAAGCAGCGAUUGCAAGGCUGUUGUCUCUGGGCCCUUACAGGCGCGGCAAAGUCGCCGUGAGGGCUGAGUUUGGUCGUGCAAUUCUUGAAGUCACGGAUCCAUCCGGCGUGGCAUUCAACGACGAGACGACACCCAGCAACGGAUGGAGAAAAAGCGACUUGCUGACCAAUAUGAGGAUGGGUUUUGGCGGAAAUCGAAACAUCCACUUCACCAAAAUUCUGUCAACCUAUGCCUCCGACAUCGUGGACAUGAUCAACACGAAGCUCGACGGGGCUCAACUCUGGAGUCGGGAGCCAAGUCGGGCCUGGACGACUUACUCGUUCUACUGUAUUCCACGUUCAAGGGAGAACAGUCGUCGGUUUAUCAUUGAUGUCGAAGAUGAUGGUUCCUCCGGCAACGUCUUACGAUACUCCAUUCGUGGAGAUGGCGACGAUCCCCUCAGCACCGAACAGCCAUCGUUGCCAGUUUACAUUCACGCGAUCCGCCGUCACUGGGAUCUGAGCAUUGUGGUGUCCCACGUCAAUACGGAGGAGCUACACGAGGCAUACGGCAUCUUUGCCAAUUAUCUGCUGCAGACGCUCGAUACUUCACUGAGGAGCAAAGGCGCCCCAAGUGUUUACUAUGCAAGUCACGAAAGCUUCACCGCGGAAGUGGAAGAAGUCCGCGUUUUGACCAAGUGGCGAUACCCUAGUCUGGACAGAAGGAGUGCACUCGAGAUCACCGAGGUUGAGCAGAUGGAGAUCGAGCUGCCUGAUUAUCUCGAAAAUGGAUGGAGGGCAUUUCUCGCUCGCCCUUGGAACCGCCGAGAGGCAAAGGAGAUGCGAUGCCGGGGCGAGUUUCCGCGCUGGUACGAGGCAGCCGUGGUAUCCUCUGAGAUUGAGGAACUUUGCAGGCUGAACAUGGAGCUCGGUCUUGGAGAGAAGGCAGACUGGGACCCUGAAGACCUCAGGACGCGCGGAGUCUUCUCUACCCUCUAUGGUCCGGCGUUGCAGAUGGUGAGGGAGAUGGACCAUGUCGGCCGAAACGACGACAACUGCCAGUCGCAGCGUUACGCCCAUUUGCUGCUUCGCCCAAAC